UGCUUUAACUGCACUCCACCUCAUUCUCUCUCUGUCUCUCCGAAUCGAUUCUUCCACCGCUGCCACCUUCCCCGUUCCCCACCGACGAGAGGGAAAGCUUCCAUCUUUGUCCACAUUCACCCGCCGCAGCUUCUCAUCCCUCUCGUGUCGGCCACGAUGACGCCGCACUCCAUGUGACCCCGUCCCCCGCAGAUUCAGCGACUGGAGCUCGUGGCGGCCAAUUUUGCUCGCGAGGCUGGAAUUAUCGAGCGGCGCAUAUAUGAGUAAUUGGAGGUUCGUGGAGAGCUCCAGCAUCUGGGUGAAUUUGGUCGCCGUCUCCGCCAAUUUCGCCAUCGCGGCGGUGGAAUUCGCGGUGUGGAGCUCCGCCUGGUGCCUCCUGGCCGUUUUUGCCCCCAGUUUCUGAUUCCCCAAUCCGUGGGGUCGAUUGGAUGAGUAUUGCGAAAAUUGGGCAAGAAAUGACCUUCUAACUGAAUUUUGAGUGAGGGGCAUUUCGACUGGAUUGGAUUCCAAGAUGGAGGAGAGGCAGUCUGAUGCCAGUGACGCGUUCGCCGGCAAUCCGAGAGGCGAGGACGACUUCAGGAGCUGCUGCGGGGACGAGGAGGAGUGGGAGGACACGGAGGAGUCCUUCACGGCCGGCAUCGCCGACGAGGAGCUUAACGAGACCUCGGUCCGCCUAUUCUUCAAGGGCGUGUCGUCGAGCUCGGACGACGCCGAGGGGAAGAAGCUGUCUGGGAUUGGCGUGGUGAUGGAGAGGGCACCAGGGGUGCCUGUUCUUAGGGUGCAGAAGAAGCUCAACUUCUUUGUGGACGAGCUGGUGGCUGAGCACCUGGCACUGAUGGACGGCCUGUCUGUUGCGUUGCAGAAUGGCAUAACGAAGAUCUUCGCCUUCACCAAUUCGGAGAAGUUGUACUUUCAGAUAGCAGAAGCUGAAAUUCUCGAAGACCAGCUUUUAGUAGCUUUAGGGCACAGGAUUCUGGAGCUGGUCGAUAAGCUGGAAGACUUCGAUCUAAUACUGCUUCCUAGCUUCGAACUCGAGAGGCCCUUGAAGUUGGCCAAAGAAGCAAUAGGUGUCAUGUAUGUAUCUCCCUACGAGGUCGUCACCUGCCCAAUAUGCUGCGAGGAAAGACGGGGUUCCCAGAUGAUCAAGGUGGGCUGUUCCCACACAUUCUGCUACAGCUGCUUGAUAGCCUAUGUCGAGGAAAAGCUGCACACGUCAAAGCUGCCUAUAAGAUGCCCGCAAUUAAGGUGUAAAUAUCACAUUUCAGCUGGUGAGUGUAAAUCGUUCCUGCCAGUUAGCAGCUACGAAUCCCUGGAGAGGGCUUUUGCAAUGGCUGGCACAUCAGUGAUGGAAAGAUUUUAUUGCCCCUUUCCGAACUGUUCGGUUUUAUUAGACCUUAGCCAGCACUUCUCGAGGGCAAGCUCCUCCAGUCAGUCGGAUCUCAACUGCAUCGAGUGCCCAGAAUGCCAUGGUGAUAUCUGUAUCAACUGUGGAGUGCCGUGGCACAUCAUGAUGGGUUGCGACGAGUACCAGAGCCUGCCCCUUGAGGACAGAGACGCGGGAGACUUGUCUUUGCAUCGGUUGGCACAGAACAAUAGAUGGAGGCGUUGCAACGGGUGUCGAAGCAUGAUCGAGCUCACGCAAGGCUGCUUCCAUAUGACUUGCUGGUGUGGCCAUGAGUUCUGCUACUCCUGUGGUGCGGAGUACAACCGCGGCGUGCAGACAUGCCAGUGUGUCUUCUGGGACGAAGAUAGCAUCACCGAGCCCUCGGCGGCACAGUCAUGCCAGGCAUCCGAGAUCUGGGCAUGGGACACAUUUGACUGCAUGCCCACAGCCAUCGAGGGCUACUCGGAGCAGGAGAGGGCGCAGCUGGCGCUUAUCCAGCGGUUCCUCGCAGGUGGGUUCAGCCUUGGAGGUGACCACCACCCGAGUCAGAGUCAGUCACCGCCCCGAUGCGCAGACUCAUACGUUGUCGACACCAUGAAGGACCUCCACCAGUUGCCAUGGCUCGAGCGGUUCGUGUCGGUGAUCAGCGACAGCUACAACGACGAUUACAUCCAGUGAAUGAAGAAUUUGAACAUCAUAGAUAACAUUAGAGAGAAAAGAAUAUGGCACAUACUGAUUUCCAGUCGGAAUAAUGUGUUCCCAUGAACCUGUCGAAAAUUGACAAGGAAAAAUUAUAUGCAUCUAUACCUUUGCUUGGCUUCCCUUUA